AUGGUUGUAAGUAUAAUUGUNAGCAAUGAUACUGCCAUAGGGUUUUUAAAAAAGAAAAUGCUGUCUUCGGGUUCUACUGCAGUAAGGUGUAAGUAUUUGCAUAUGCGAUGCAUUGCUCACAUCCUUAAUCUGGUUGUGCAAGAUGGAUUAAAGGAAUUUGAUGAUUCUGUUAAGAAGGUAAGGGACUCUGUUAGGUAUAUGAGAAACUCUCCUGCUAGGCUCCAACAAUUUAGAGAGCUUGCUGACUUAAUUGGGGUGGAAGCCAAAAACUCUUUGGUUCUUGAUGUACCUACAAGGUGGAAUUCCACAUAUUUGAUGCUGCAUACUGCUUUGCUGUAUCAAAAGGUUUUUGAAGUGUAUGAAGAUCAUGGCCCUUCCUUCAAAUCUGAUUUGGGUGGGAAUGUUCCUAAUUUCUUGGAUUGGGAGGCAGUAGAAGGGUUGGUGAAAUUUCUGAAAUCAUUUUAUGAAAUGACUGUUAGGAUAUCUGGUUCUUUGUAUGUAACUUCUAACACUUUCUUCUCUGAAGUGUCUGAUUUAUCUUGCAUACUUACUGGUCUGGUGGGAGCUGAAUCUGAUUCUGUUAACGCAAUGGGGAUGAAUAUGAGGACCAAGUUUGAUAAAUACUGGGGUGAUCCAAACAAGAUGAAUUUUCUGAUUUUUUAUGGAAAUAUAAUGGAUCCUAGGGACAAAAUUGAAUACAUGCCAUAUCGGUUUAAUCAAUUAUAUGGUGAUGAAAAUAGCAAGUCCUUGUUUGAGAAGGUUAUGAAAGACUUGAAGGAGUUGUAUGUUGAUUAUGUGACAAGUUUCCCAGUCCAGUCUAAUCCUGUUCCUGUUGAACAGUCUGUUCCCCCUACUGUUUUGUCUGAUCUAGUUUCUGUUGGGAGACCCCAAUCUUUGUUAAAAUCCCAGUUAAAAAAACAAAGAUUGGAGAGUGGAGAAUUAGGCAGAAAGAAAACUGAGUUGGAAGUUUAUUUGAGUGAGGCAAUUAUAGAAGAGGAUGGUGAAUUUGACCUCUUGAAAUGGUGGAAGGUUAAUGCUGGAAGGUUCCCUGUGCUUUCUAAAAUGGCUAGGGAUAUACUUGUUGUUCCCAUUUCUACAGUUGCAUCAGAAUCAACAUUUAGUACAAGUGGGAGAGUUCUUGACGCAUUUAGGAGUUCUCUUACUCCUAAAAUUGUGGAGGCACUUGUAUGUGCACAAGAUUGGCUUAGGUUGCACAAUCAGCCUCUUUCGGUUGAAGAAAACAUUGAUGAGGUUGAGAAAUUUGAAAAAGAGUUCUGCACUGGAGUUGGUUCUUCCCUGCCUACAAUACUAGUAAAUUAA